UUCAAAUUAGUAGAAAGUUAUUCAAUGUGCAAAUUAGAGCCGGCAUGUUGUUUCUGUUUUGAUUCCUUCUUAUCCCCUUAUUACAGUUGUGUUUCUACUUCUUCCGAUUCCAUAGCUUUGUCGCUGAUAGACAUAGGCUAAACAUUUGGUUGUUCUUGAUUUAUGUUUUCUAUUAAGACUUAUUGAAAUUGUUUUUCUGCUAAUUAUAGGGGGUCAUGCUGUGCUAGAGUUCGGUUCUACCAUCAGCGCUCCACACCAUAGUCUUUCCUCUAACACAACCCAACGGUAAAGAAAUUGGCUAUCGAAUCCAUUUGUGAUUUACAAACCCAUGAAGUAGUUGUUCAUUCAGAAGCCUCAAAAGUGAAAGAAGAGAGCAUUAUCUCAGCAAGAAGCGGGUUAAAUUGGUGAUGCUUUAUUGAAGGUCAUCAUCGAAGGGUUUAAGAGCUACAAAGAAGAUGCAAUUGAUGAUUUCAAUUCAAAAUUUAAUUGUGUUGUUUGUUCAUAUAUUUGAGUUGGUUCAAAUCGAUCUGGCACGCCUUCCUCCAUGCAUCUAUUACUCCACCUUGUGUUAUAAUGAUAAAGGAGAAACUACCAGUUUUAAUUCAUGUUCUUCCCGACCGGUAUAAACUCUGUUGAUUUUCUAUAUAUUUUUAUAAUAUUUCUUAAAGUUUUGAUUAUGUUAGCAAUCAGCCACAUCUUUUUACUUAUGGAUAUGAAAAGAUUCCCAAAGAGCUCAUUAUUUGUUGUCACUUUUGUUUGUUUUUGUUUUUCAUUUCCUCCUGUUACAGCAAUGUAUCAGUUAUAGUAUUUGCUCAAUUUUUGGUGAUUAGCAUCCUGUUUCAGGACUUAUGUUUGAAGGUGAAAGAAACAUCAAUAGACAAGUAUUGAAUGGACUUUAUACUAUAAAUUCUAAUUCUGUCAAGUGUCCAGUAUUGUUUUUCUGGUAUGCGAAGAGGACAACGAAGUUGAAUGGACUCACUUUCCGACUCAAAUCAUAUGCUCUCGAUUGUAUCUGUUUAGCUUCGGGCUCCUCAUCUAGUUAUUAUUAUUAUUAUUAUUAUUAUUAUUAUUAUUAUUAUUAUUAUUAUUAUUAUUAUCGGAUUGCUAGUGAGAAAAUUACAAAAAUGGUCCGUUGGUUUGUUAUUCAUUAUUUAUUUUCUCAUAUUUUCCUGUCAUACCCAAAUAUUUCCAUGCUCUUCAUCAUGCUUUUAAGGGUUUCAGUUGUUAAACAUUUUCAUGAUCUUCAUCACGCGUUUCUAGAUAUGAAGAUGAUUGAUGUUAUUCAUUAUUUAUUUUUUCAUGUUUUAACAACAAAAUCCAGACUUAUAAAAGUCAGAAAGAAAGUGUAACUUUUGUACAAUCGUAGGGGCCAUUUAUGUAACUUACUUUAAAAUUUUAUUCAGAAUUGCUAACGGCGGAUAAGAAGAGGAGUUUUGUGACUUUGUCCCUGAGACACUGUCUACGAUUGUCCUACGAUUCUUCAUCAUGUCGACUUCUCCACCUCUUACAAAACCAGAAUCAAAAGAAGACGCAGACUACAAUAAAAUCUGCGAGGAGCACAGACACCUGAUAGAAAUAGUACCCAAAGGCAAUGGAUGGAUGGAGAAACACCUCUACAACUACAAUGGCUUCUGGUUUCACCCCAACUACAUCAAAAACCACUUGCUUCUUCACAUCUACUUCAAAUCUCAACCCACCGACAUCUUUUUAGCCUCCUUCAUGAAGACCGGAACCACCUGGCUCAAAGCCCUCAUGUUCGCUACCAUUAACCGCCACCGCUACACCCUCUCCGACCACUUUUUACUCCACCAUGGCCCACAGGGUGCCUUCCCUUACCUCGACAUCGAAAGCUACCCCCCUACCGACUUCACCCACUUGCCUGCUCCCCGAAUGUUCGCAACCCACUACCCUCGCACCCUCUUGCCACCGUGCAUUACUUCCUGCAAGUUCGUCUACAUCUGUAGGGACCCAAAAGACGUUUUGAUUUCAAAAUGGCAUUUCAUGAGCAAUCAAAGAUCGAAAGAUCUGCCUCCCUUCUCGUUGGAUGAAGCGUUUGAGCUUUUCUGUCAAGGGAUUUCGGACUUCGGACCAUUUUGGGAACAUGUUCUGUCAUACUGGAGGGCGAGUCUGGAAUCUCCGGACAAGAUUCUGUUCUUGAAGUACGAGGAAAUGAUGAAGCAGCCAGAGGUGGCUCUAAGAAACUUGGCGGCGUUCAUGGGGAAGCCAUUCACGGCGGAGGAACUGGAGAAGGGGGUGGUAGAGAAAAUUGUGGAGCUUUGUAGCUUCGAAAAUUUGAGCAAUCUGGAGGUGAACAAGAAAGGUGUGGUGAAAUUCGGUAAGGUGUUCGAGGUGGAGAAUCGGCUUUUUUUUAGGAAAGGCGAAAUCGGAGAUUGGAAAAACUAUCUGAGCGUGGAGAUGAAGCAACGCAUCGAUGAAAUUACCGAUGAGAAGUUUAAAGGUUCUGGGUUGAUCCUUGAGAGUUGAGACAACCACUUGAUCAGUAAUCAAGUUAAUUACUCACUGAGCGUAUAUCCUUGUUGCGUGAUGACCUAUCUAUUUCAUUUCGGUCUAUGUUUUUCAAAGAAAAUAUAUACGACAGUUUUGAUUCGAUGGGUUCAUGUGUAGAAAUCUUUAACGCCUAGUUUCGAGUUUAAAAAAAUAAAAGAAAGAAAUAUUUCUUUCUUUUUCAUUUA